AGCUCACCAACAAAACAACCAACAUGCCGCAGAGGGCAGUAACAACGCCCUACCCGCUCAUUGACAGCGAUCCUCACGCUUUUCGUGUUGUUCGUUAUUUCCGCCCGUCCGACUAUGCAACGAUCGCUGCUGGGACAGCGGCCUUUCCUGCUGCAUUGUACUUCUGGGACAUGGCUGACCCAUCGCACCUGCGCUUAAGGACGAGCUUGCGCUUGGGGGGUUUCCUUGGCUUUUUGGGCGGCUUCAUGUUGGCGUACCAACGCUCAAGCUUCCGCUUCUGGGGAUGGUCUGAGAACAAGCGUGAAGAAGAGAGGGACCUUGCAGAGCUUUCCCAACGAGCAAGGGAAGGCAAACCGCUCUACGGCGAAUCUGAUCAACCCGCUUGGGUACAAGGUGUCGCUCACAACAACUCUGCCUACUCUCAGCUCAAGCUUCAUGCAUUCCCCUUGUUCAACCUCGUCAACCACCCCCAUCAUGGCACUGACCCGGCGAAAUAUGGAGUAACGACCGAAAGCAAGAAUGAAGAGCCAGUAAAGGACGAAGAGUAGAUUGUCUUCGUGUCUAAUAUUCUAAUAUAUUUCUCUGCAUCUAACAUAUUGUAAGUGUCGAAGAUAAUAGGCAGCGCAAC